CAGCGCCAGAGUUAGCACUUGCUUAUAAUAGUAGCCAACUCUGCCCAGAGGUUAGUGGAUUCCUUCGCCUGAUCAUGGUGGAAUUCAGUACAUGAAGUAUCAUAAAAAGUCCUAAGAACUCUUAAAGGUAGCAGAAGACACGGCCUGUGAGCUUUGUGUGCAAAUAGGGUUGUGUGUCGCUGGAGGUCUCAAAUUCCUGUGCAGAACCUUGUGCCGUGGGUCUUAUGUGAAGGACCGGAAUAAGCUACUUAACACUGCCGACCAGCUGUUCCUCAGUUAACAACACAGAGUGGCCAAGUAACAUUUACUGCCCCAUGGAAGCUGUUAUUUGUGUCUGAAGAAUAAAAUUGACAAGAGGGGAUCAGAAAUAUGGAACAAGGCUGAUGACUACAAUGUGAUGGAACAGGAGGCAAAGUUAAAGAACAUAAAUGUCGAUACCUCUUCAUUUUCAUUCUGUUAGCGAAUUAAUUUUCUUUGUAGCGGAAUGAUCAGAAGUCAAUUGACUGAGUAUUGCGAACACUGAAAUGAAAUUUUAAUGGAAGUGUGAGACAUAAGAAAUUUUUUUAAAUGAGCAGAAUAAUUACCCAAUCUGACAUGUAAAUAAUAAAUAAAUAAUAUAAUGUCCAGCAAAAAAUACUGAAUACAGAAUCAAUCAACUGUGCAUUACUCUUAAAGAUGAUUUAUGACUUAGGUGGUCACAUAUGGAUAAUCUUUUAAGGCAUCUAGAAUAGCAUUUGGCAAUUUUCCCUGAAUUGCGUAAAAAUAGAAAACAAUAUUUUUAAAAUGGACCUAAAGAUAAUGUCUAAACAGCCUCACAAAAUAUCAAAGGAAUGUGCGGAGUGUAAACCAUCAACACACCAAACCAAGAAAGACGAGUCAUCUGCCAUGAAAACGGUCACAGUAAACAGAGGAAAACAAGUUUCUAGCCAAAAGGAAAGACUGGCUCAUGACUCUUCUGUUACAUGUACAAUCAAUGAUGACUGUAGCAAAGACGACUGUGCAACUGAUAUUGGGACAAUAAUAAUGACAGAAAAAAACAGCUCCAAACCGCGGAGCAGAAAGAAGAAAAGGAAAUCCCAAAAUUCACAAGGAAAAGUUGAGACUGACCCUUUUUUAGACAAAAGGACCACCUCGGGACUGAAAACCGAGUCUAAGGCAAUACUUUCAUCUCCGAGACAUAAAACCAGUGAAAAAACAUCUGAUCAUAUGUCGAAAAAGUAUUUUUCAUGUUUGAAUAACAAAGUGAAAGAGCCUACAGUCAAGAAUGUGGCAGUCACCACUGGAGGUACACACGACGUAGCAGACAACUCACUGAGUGCCUUAGUCACAAGUGAAAUGUUACAAUCUAGAGCCAUUGGUCCUACAAUCCAUACAGAUGACAAUCCUUCUAAAGAGAGGCAUUUAUGUAAAGAUGAAGAGGAAAAACAGGCCCUAGAACUUCAGCCGAAAAGACAAGAAGGCUCCACCCUUAAAGACAGUAAUAAUCUGAAUGUUUCUGGAGAAACAUUCCAAAAGAAGUCAUACAGUGCAAUAGUCAAAGAGAGGAUACAGAAACAUAACAGAGCACCAAAGAUCCUGCAGAAUAUCCACAUAAUGAGGACAUUUGAUGACUCAGAAAACAUUAGUCUCUGUUGUCAGUUUAGUGGUGUGUCAACUGACUGCUUCAUUGUAUGGAUGAAAGAAGGGACACUUCUGGUAGAAGAGAAAAUAAGCAAAGCUGAUGAAAGUGAGUUUUCCUAUAUGAUUACUAAGGCCUCCAGUAAAGACCUAGGAUGGUACAAAUGUUGCCUGAGGAGCCCUUAUGGAAAUGCAUUCUCAGAAUUCCACCUGACCUCUGAUGAGCUGAAUGAACUUGUCCCCUGUCAUAAUCAAACUGUGCAGGUGAGUAAGGAGGUUGGAGAAGAUGUGAAAUGUGCCCCCCUGCUGUUCAGAGGUGACAUCCUAAGUGAGCAGUUCUUUGGGGAUGAUCAACCUGCAAGCAUCUUGACAGAAGAGGUCCACUUCGGUGAGGGCAUGCACCGGAAGGCCUUUCGAACCAAAGUUCUGACUGGUCUGGUGCCACUGUUCAACCCUGGGCACCACUGUGUACUCAAAGUCCACAAUUCCAUCAGCUAUGGAACCAAGAACAAUGAAGAACUAAUUCAGAAGAACUAUAAUCUGGCUGUGGAGGAGUGUUAUGUUCAGAAUACAGCAAGAGAAUACAUCAAAGCCUACACAGCAGUUGCAAAGUCCGCAGAGAUAUUUGGAGAGGUUCCAGAGAUCAUUCCUAUUUACCUGGUCCAUCGACCCACCAGCGACAUCCCAUAUGCCACCUUGGAGGAAGAGCUUGUAGGAGAGUUUGUGAAAUAUUCUGUCAAGGAUGGAAAGGAGAUGAACUUGAUGAGACGAGACUCAGAGGCAGGGCAGAAGUGCUGUACCUUCCAGCACUGGGUCUAUCACAACACUGAAGGCAACCUGUUGGUGACUGAUAUGCAAGGAGUUGGAAUGAAAUUAACUGACGUGGGUAUAGCAACCUGUAAGAAAGGGUACAAAGGCUUCAAGGGUAAUUGUGCCACCUCUUUCAUUGACCAGUUCAAAGCGCUCCAUCAGUGUAACAAGUUUUGUCAGCUCUUGGGCCUGAAGUCUAUACAAGCUUGUCAACAAACAUCUAAGCGGCCAGCAACAGCCACAAAACCAAAGGCAAAACCACUGCCCAGGAAUACGAUUGUUCCAGCCUUCAAGAACAAAUUCUGAGGGUGAUCAUAGCCAUUUAAGGUUUUUUUAAAAAGUGUUUUAUUCAAAUACUGCAACUUUAAAACAUCUCUUAAUUUUUCUUUAAGUAACUGCCUCAAAACAUAUUUGCUGGUAUGGAGGAGGCUUGGUUGUAAGAUGCUGGGUAGCGUCAUAAUACAGAAGAAUCUUAGGUAUGUUCUGAUUGUAGUGCAUCAGGGCAUUUGAAUUGGUUCAACUCAUGAUAAGCAUUUAGAUAAAAUGUAACAGAUUGCUUAUAACGUUUAAGUGUUGUAUGCCUAAUUUAUUAAGUCUUAAUUUAAUUUGAUAAUGUUAUAUUAGUAUUGGAAGUAUUUUGUUCAUUAGCUUAUGAAAUGUUAGCAUAAAUAUUAAUGUAGUAUGUAUGUGUGUGUGUGUGUGUGUGUGUGUGUGUGUGUGUGUGUAUAUAUAUAAACAAUAUACAUUUUAUAAAACAUAAAGCAACCACUAGUAUCUUGUGCAAAAAAGAAAAAACUUAUAUACUGUAUAUAUAUUUGAAAUAGUUGUGUAAUCGUUAAGCAAAUUAUUAGUGAAUUUUAGUGAAUUUAUAAUAAUAGUGACAUUUCUAUCAAAAUUAAUGCAUCUACACCAGUUUCCAAGAUUAUUUUAGUAAUCACUCCGACUAAAAUAAGACCUUUGUGAAGAGGUCACACUCUGAAACACCCAUUUGAAUUAUUAAGACAGCUGUUAAUCUUCCUUGCCAGAAAUUGCAGGCCUGCCAUCACUGAAGAGUUUCCAAUAGCAUGUUGUGAUAUUAACAAUCUAUUUAUACCUUUUUAGUUUUCAAAAUGUUAUUCUUGUUUUGAUAUCAAUCCUGUGCAACAAAAAAUGUUCAUUAUUAUAAGUUGCAAGGUGAAACCUUCCACAUGGCACUUGGCAUUUUAAGUGCGAAUAUGAAAUGCAUGUCUCUGUUCAGAAUGGAUAAUAUUUCUGUGCAAUGAUGAUGAAGCUCAUCUAAGCUGAGGUGUUGGCUUACAUGGCCCAAGUAGCACAAAGGGGAGAUUUGUGGUUGGAGAACCUUAAAGUCACAUUACAGAAUGCCAUUGAACUAUACAUUCUGCUCAAGUUUUAUUUUUUCUUUGUUACAAGGAAUAGUCAUUUUUUUCUGAGCAAUACAAGGAAAUACAAAUCAAACACUGCUUUAUUAAAUGCAUAAAAAAUGAUAAAACUUAAAUGCUAUGUAAGACAUUUUGACUGCACAUUUUAAAAUAUUGAUCUUUUGUUAUUAAAACUUAACAAUAUGAAUGAAGUUAAAAGAAAUAACACACACAUACACACACAUACAUACUACAGAUAUUUUUCGUGUGCCAUGUCUGAAGCGAAAUUCUCACCAUAGCUAUUUAGUGUGAUAAUGGCGUUUGAUAACAGAAAAACAAACACCAUUGUCACACUCCACACCUCUGGAGGAUUGAACUUGUGAAAAUAAAUUCCAUUGAGUGAGAGAGAACAAAAAAAUGGAGCCAUAUGGAGAAUCGACCGAGCAUUUCAAACAACAAAAACAUUUGCAUUUUUUUUUAAAUUCCUGUUAUUUGCAAAUAUGUUUGCGUUGAUCACUGCUUUUCACUGACAUAGAAAUGAGUAAAAUGUAAUGGUGUCAUAGCUUAGACCUAAACUAGGAAAUAGGCUCAACAUUUAUUUGUUAAAUAUAUGUCAGAUUACUAUUGUUAAAACUGUACAUCAAAUGUGUAAUAAAUAAAGAAAUUAUUACAACUUGCAGCUACAACAGUAAAUGUCAACAUAAUAACUACAGUAUUAUGGAUUUUCAGCACUUUUAUUAAGUGUUGAUGUUUCGGUAAAACUGUUUGGUUGAAUUUGUGGUAUGAUUUCCGCAUGCGAAUGUCCCACCAACCAUGAGAAAAAAUCAGAGGGAAAAUAUUUCACAAAAUAUUCAUUUUGAAAUCUGGUGCCUUGGCACAAUUAAUUAAAAUUUCAAGUGCUAAAAUUUACAACCUUUCAGUUUGCCACAGUUGAUCCUACAGUGGGUAAGAAAUAGGCUUGUGAAUCAGCUACUGACAGACACAUCUGAAACAUAUCAUUGUACAGAAUAUAUUAGAAAUAAAACUUAAUCAUGGUUAUCAAUUUAAUAAAAUGCUCAAUUACAAGAAGUUUUUAAAUGUUCUGCUGUAAAUUUGUUUACCACCCUGACUUGAUUCUAAAGUUGUGUUAAUUGUUAAUGAGACAGAAGAGUUAAUGAAAUCUUCUGUAUUCACUUCUUCAACCACUAACCUUUUGAUGUUCUCUAUUCCGCCUUCAAGCAUGGAAACAGGAACUUACCAUUUGACUGGCAAAUUGACUUAAAUGUUCUUCAGGAACUCUUACACCUGUGCUCGCAGUCAUUGUCUCACUGGGCCUUAUUGUAGUCGCCCAAACCAAAUAAAAGAGUCUCAAAAAUCAUACCAGUGCCGGCAGUGAGCCUCUGGACCCUGCACUUUCCCUUCUGCUCCCUUUAUGUAGCUCUGGGUAAUUAGAUAAAUGAUAAGAUUCUGGAAAGUAUUGAUCGGUUAAGACAAGGAAAGGCGAGCAAUGAUACCACCGCAUUGGACAUCCCUCUCCUUAUUUUACUAGUCAUUCUGUAACAUUUCUAAGGCACACUCUACUUCAGCAUAAACUGUAGGUAUAAAAUCUAUAUAUUCACACUUUUAGCUUUGAUCUAUACUAUCUAAUUUCAUCAUUAAAUUCACAAGGAUGUUACUUAAACCAUUCCUCUUGAGAUCCAUUCCUAAUUAACGUAAAAUCACUCUCUGAAAUUUAUGUAAUCAUUUAUUUGCCAUUUAAUCUCACCAUUUAUUUUCAAUGAGUUAAGAAAAUUAUGAGAUUAAUAUUCACUUACUGUGGGAUAACAUAAUUGUGAUGAACUGCAAAAUUAGAUGCUCCUUAAUUUCUAAAAAACUCCCCAAAAUUAAGAACCAUCACCGUGGCACAAAUUAAAAAACAAAACUUAACAAAAGAAAAUUCCAGAUUGGUGUACAUAACAAAAAUGGUUGCAAAAAUAUAAACUUAAUUGAUGAGUACAGCGGCUUUACUUAAAAAAUAUAUCUCUACAUUAAUUGUAUUCUGACCUUAAAAUGCCAUUGAAUGCUUUAUAGCAAUAAAACAUAUUAAAUCCUGUUAAUAGUAUGACAGAGAAUCUAUCAUCGUGUAUUUCAUAUUCUCCAUACUUCUGUUGAAACCUUUGAAUAUCUUAAAUUAAACUUGAAUGCUAAAGGACUAUGAAAUCUAAAGCUAUGCAUUACAUUCUGUGUGUGCAAUUAUGAUGUUAUGAAAAAAUUAUUCCUUAGCACAGUCGAAUUCAAUGUGAAUUGCAUUGUUUUUAGGUAGGAUGAAGUGCACCAAAAUUUCUAUGUAUAUACACACACACACACACACACAUUUCCAGGCAAGUUCCUGUAUUUUUCCAUAUAUUUUUAUAUGAUCAUCUAAAGAUAAAUCAUUUGUUACAUCUCUUAAAUGCAUAUGCUGUACUUGUAUAUAUUGUUAUACUUUCAGUAAAACGACUGAGGAUGGGA